AUGUUUUUUACUUGCUUUAGUGGCUGCGGCUCCCUAAUUAAUUGCAGCUAUCUGUCUCCUAUCGAUGUGUGUGUACAUGUGUGUUGUGUGUGUGUGUGUUUCCUUUUUUCUCCCCAAACCGAACAUGAAAUAGUUUGUUGGGCUAUACUUUCCUUCUUCCUAUAUCCCCCCUUCCUUCCUUCCCGUCCUGGUUCGCAGGCAGAGACAGGACAGAUUGAAACCCAGCUGUGUUCAUCGCUUUCGCUCGUUGCCAUUUUCCCCCCUCAUUGCCCGGUGAUGUUGGAUAUGGGAGAGCGCAAAGAGGUGAAAAUGAUUCCUAAAUCGUCGUUCAGUAUAAACAGUUUGGUGCCCGAGGCCGUGCAAAGCGACAACAACAACCACCAGAACCAGCAUCACCACCAGAACCACCACCACCACCACCAGAACCACCUCCACCGGCCCGGCGGCGCGGACGAAGCCGAUCAGAAGGCGCCUCUCCCGGCCGCGCAGCCGGACGCCAAAGCGGACCCUAAAAGUGACUCGUCCGGCCCGGAGAGCUGCCCGGAGGAGAAGGACAAGCAGGAGGACAAGAAGGACGGGAAGGAGGCGGACGGCGGCGCCGGAGGGAAGGACGGAGAGAAGAAGAGCGGCAAGUACGAGAAGCCUCCGUUCAGCUACAACGCGCUCAUCAUGAUGGCCAUCCGGCAGAGCCCCGAGAAGCGGCUCACGCUCAACGGCAUCUACGAGUUCAUCAUGAAGAACUUCCCGUACUACCGGGAGAACAAGCAGGGCUGGCAGAACUCCAUCCGGCACAACCUCAGCCUCAAUAAGUGCUUCGUCAAGGUGCCGCGGCACUACGACGACCCGGGGAAGGGCAACUACUGGAUGCUGGACCCGAGCAGCGACGACGUCUUCAUCGGCGGCACCACCGGGAAGCUGCGGCGGCGCUCCACCACGUCCCGGGCCAAGCUGGCCUUCAAGCGGGGCGCCCGGCUGACCUCCGGCCUCACCUUCAUGGACCGGGCCGGCUCGCUGUACUGGCCCAUGUCGCCCUUCCUGUCGCUGCACCACCCGCGGGCCGGCAGCGCGCUGGGCUACAACGGCACGUCGUCGGGCUACCCGGGCCACCCCAUGUCCUACAGCACCAUGCUGACCCAGAACAUGAGCAACAACCACUCGUCGUUCCCGUCCUCCAACGGGCUCAGCAUGGACCGGCUGGUCGGCGGGGACCUCCCCUACGCGACGCACCACCUGACGGCGGCGGCCCUGGCGGCCUCGGCGGUGCCCUGCGGCCUCUCCGUGCCUUGCUCCGGGGCCACCUACUCCCUGAACCCGUGCUCCGUCAACCUGCUGGCCGGACAGACCAGCUACUUUUUCCCCCACGUCCCGCACCCGUCCAUGAGCACGCAGAGCGGCGGCAGCGGCGGCGGCGGCUCCCUGCAGGCCGCCCGGGCUUCGGCCUCCAACUCCCCGCAGGCUCCGUCCUCCUCCGCGCUGCCCUGUGACUCUCUGAGGCCGGCGCUGUCCGGCUCUCUGCCCGCCUUCUCCUCGGGACUUUCCGGGGGUUUGUCUGACUAUUUUACGCACCAGAACCAGGGUUCGACCUCCAACCCGCUUAUACACUAACACCCCGAGCCUCACCCCUCCACCUCCCCUCUCCCCUCCAUCCUCAUCCCUCCAUCCUCAUUCCAGCCGAAGGAGUGAAAAUCUAAAGACUGGAGCUGUAAGUUGAACAUUUCACGGUGAACAUUUACAUGUAAAAAGUGACAGAAUUAUUAUAAACUACCUACUAUAGAACAGAGGAGAGACUUAAACUGCAAAACAAAAAAGAGCAGCACAGAGAAACUGACAGAAAGCAGCCCUGAAGUUUCCAGGUAUUUUUUAAUAUUAUUAUUAUUAUUAUUAUCGCUUCUUCUUCUUCUUCUUCUUCUCCUGCUUCUCCUUCUUCUUCUGCUCCAUCUUCUCCUGCAGUUUGGUUUCUGUGUACAUACUGUCUGUGACUCUGUUUGUCUGUAACUUACUGUCAGUCAGCGACGUGCAAUGUGAGAUAAAACAGAGAGGAUGCUGAGAGCUGAUUUCUUCUGUUGUGUUCUUGUCGGAGGAGGCAUUACUUUUAUAGAAUGUGUAUUUAAAAUAGUUUUGUCUAAUUUUGAGAUUUAAAAAAAGGUAAAAAAUAAUAAUAAUAAUAUCUCUAAUAGCCGGCUUUGCCCGCAUGUUUGCAGUAUUAUCAGGUCUCAUGCGGGUGAGAAGAGAAGCGGCGGAGAGUGAUUUUAUUUUACGAAAUUUAAACACUAAUUUUUUUAUUUUUUAUUUUCUAUACAGUGAAUGUGUUUUUUUUAAAAAGCGACUCUGCGAAGCUCCUGCAGCUCAAAGUCCUGAGGCUGUUUCUCCAUCAUUCAGUUCCAAGUUUCAAUGUACUUUUUUAUAGACCAAAGAAUCGGUUUGUAGGAUAUUUAGAGUCAGUAUUCAGACCGCGACAGGCCUGCUGCGGGAUCAAGGGGCGAGUGAGUGAACGGAUGAGUGAGUAAAUGGGUGUAUGAAGGCGUGAACGAUGCCUCCUUCACUGCAGAAAAUGUCCAUUUAAACGAGAUUUUUUAUUGCAGUUUUUUUGCAAUCACUUUAUUUUCUUAAAUGGCCGGAGAGUCUGGUGGCGCCGAUCCGCGUUGUUGGUGCUCUGGAGGGACUUUGCCUUAAUUCGCCUGUUUUAGUUUUAGUUUUUUUCUUUUUCAAACUGCGUGAAUUUGAACUCCUCAUCUGUCAGAAGAGAAGCCGGAUUUUCAGGCUGAAUUGUGAGUCUCGUUUGCUUUCAUGGAUAUUUUCCGCAGUGCAGCCUGUCAUGUGCUUCUUUGACUGUAAACGUGUUCGCCGCUAAACACGGACGUUCACGCUUCUUCUUCUUCUUCUUUUAUUCUUUUGUAUAAUUAGUUUUUAAAAAGAAAAGAAAAGAAAAGAAAAAAGAACAGAGAGAAAAUGUCUAUUUGUAAUUUGGAGUUUUGCUUUUCUUUCUUUCUUUUUCUUUUGUAGAAAAGGAGGAACACUGUAAAAACCCGUUUGUUUGACAGAAGAAAAGAUGCCUCAUUAUCUAAUAUACUUGGAAUGAUUGUCCUUUAAUUGUCGUCUCUAAAACAAUUUUUCAUGGUUGUGAUACUAUUGUGGUCUUAUUCUUAUUCCCGUGUUUGUCGCUUACAAAAGUUAAAAAAAGAGAAAAAAAUGUUUUAAUCAUAAAAAAAUAAAAAUAAAAGAAUAGGUUACAUUCA